UAUAACGAGCGCAUCCGUCACCAGUUCAUCCUGUUAGAAAAUCCAGAAAAGAAGAGCAGGAUUGCGCUACUGCAUGCCGCGCAGGUGGAAAAGAUCAAGAAGGCAAAAGAGCGCAGGCGGUUGGGCGUGAUUGGGCGGAACGAGGCUGUCGAAAAGGGCAUGUGGAAGCUCAAGAAGGAACAAGCGAGAUGGGAGUUGUUCAUACCCCUGCAUCGUCUGUGGCUAGGGUAUAUGUCCGAGCUAUUGGGUCUUGCAGCCCUUCCAGCCUCGGGUACGCCUUCUCCAAAGGAUAUGCCGUCGUCUGCGGGUAUGCAUGCAAAGUUGGUCAAAGCCGACUUCCAUGGAUCAAUCAUGACAGUAAGGCGAAGCAAUAACCCAGCGCUGAUCGGCCUCUCGGGAAUCGUUGUGCACGAAACUGAGAACGCUUUCAGAGUCGUAACACGCACGAACAAAUCGAAGCUCAUACCGAAGCAUGGCUCAGUAUUCGCGUUCGCGGUCCCCCUCUACUCCACCCUUGAUACAACAAGCUCCUCAUCGCCUGCGGCCGGACCUUCCUCGUCACAAUCAUCGAAAACAAGCAAUACUGUGCUGGAAGCACCGCACAUAGAGCUCGAGCUGUACGGGAAUCAAUUUCAGUUCCGCUCUGUGGAGCGAGCAUCAAAGAAGUUCAAGCCGAAGGAGACCAUUGAGCUAUAA